UUGGAGCUGGUAUGCUGUGUACCGACUGUAAUCAAGAUCAAACCUGUUAUUCCUCCCAGAAAAUAUCUCCUUCGGUCUCAGCCCUGGGCAGUCCAGGUCUUCAUGCUGCUGUGGGUCACACUACUGGUCCUGGCUCCUGUCAGUGGACAAUGGGCUACCACAACCAGACCCAUCAUUUCCCUCCAUCCUCCAUGGACCACUGUCUUCCAAGGAGAGAGAGUGAAUCUGACUUGCGGUGGGUUUCACUACUCACCACAGAAAACAAGGUGGAAAUGUGUGUAUCAGAGGAGAGAGAUCCUAACAGACACCCCAGGAGACACCCUCGAGGUUCGUGAAUCCGGACAGUACAGAUGCCAGGCCGGGAGGUCAGCCCUAAGUAAACCUGUGCACUUGUACUUUUCUUCAGCUUCGCUGAUCCUGCAGGCUCCCCUCUCUGUGUAUGAAGGAGACCUCGUGGUCCUGAGGUGCCGGGCGAAGGCAAGAGUAACAUCGUACACUAUUUACAAGAACCGUGAAGCCCUGACUUCCCUGGAAGGAACCUCUGACUUCUUUAUCCCUGAUGCAACUCUGAAGGACAAUGGCGCAUAUCACUGUACCGGGGUUACGGAAGAUCGCCUCAUUUCUUCCAACGAAGUCAAAAUCCAAGUCCAAGAUCUGUUUCCAUCUCCCAUGCUCAGAGCCAGCCCCUUCCAGCCCCUGGAGGGAAGGUCCAUGACCCUGACCUGUGUGACCCAGCCCCCUCCACAGAGGUCAAAGGUCCAGCUCCAGUUCUGCUUCUUCAGAGACAGCCAGGCUCUGGGAUCAGGCUGGAGCAGCUCCCCAGAGCUCCAGAUCCGUGCAAUGCUGCCUGAAGAUUCAGGGUCCUACUGGUGCGAGGCAGGAACCAAGACUCACAGCGUCCUGCGCAAGAGCCAGAGUUUCCAGAUACGCGUGCAAAGAGUUCUUGCCAAGCUGCAAAUACACACUGUCCCAGCUUCCGCGUCGGUGUUCGAAGGUCAGGAUCUGGUGCUGACCUGCUCAGCAGAUAGAGCCUUAGAGCUCAUCACAGUCUCCUGGUACCGAAGAUUUAAAAACAAGGAUGAGAAAAUAAAGACUCCGAUGUCAUCAAAAUUCAAGAUCUCCGAGGUGAAAAGCAGCGAUGCUGGAGAGUAUUACUGUGCAGCUAACAGCAGACACAGCUCGUUUGUCAGCAAACCAGUGACGAUCGAGGUGAAAGUCCCCGUGUCUCGUCCUGUCCUCACCCUCAGCUCUGCCGGGGCCCCCGCUUUUGAGGGAACCAUCGUGACACUUCACUGUGAAGCCGAGAGAGGUUCUUCACGCAUCACAUACCAGUUUUAUCGUGAGGAUGUUCUCCUGGGGAGCAGGGUAACCCCCUCUGGAAGUGGAACAUCCUUCAGCUUAUCUCUGACCACAGAGCAUUCUGGAAACUACUCCUGCACAGCUGACAAUGGCCUCGGCCCCCAGCGCAGUGAGGCGGUGAGCCUCUCUGUCACUGUUCCAGCGUCUCGCCCUGUCCUCACUCUUAGGACUCCCCCGGCCGGGGCUGUGGAGGGGCACGUGGUAGAGCUCCACUGUGAAGCCCUGAGAGGCUCUCCCCCGAUCCGGUACCAGUUUCUUCACGAGGAUGUCAGCCUGGGGAGCAGCUCAGCCACCUCUGGAGGGGGAGCAUCCUUCAACCUCUCUCUGACUGCAGAACAUUCUGGAAUCUACUUCUGUGAGGCCGACAAUGGCCAGGGAGCCCAGCGCAGUGACACAGUAUCACUCAGCGUUACCAUUCCAGUGUCUCGCCCUUUCCUCCACCUCAGGGCCCCCCGGGCCCAGGCUGCGGUGGGGGACAUGGUGGAGCUUCGCUGUGAGGCCACGAGAGGCUCUCCCCCGAUCUCAUACCAGUUUUACCAUGAGGAUGCCACCCUGGGGAGAAGCGUGGCCCACACUGGAGGAGGAGCGUCCUUCAACCUCUCUCUGACAGCGGAACAUUCUGGAGACUACUCCUGUGAGGCUGACAAUGGCCUGGGGGCCCAGCGCAGUGAGGUGGUGACACUCAAAGUCACAGUUCCAGCAUCCAGCCCUGUCCUCACCCUCAGGGCUCCCGGGGCCCAGGCUGCGGUGGGGGACAUGGUAGAGCUUUGCUGUGAGGCCCUGGAGGGCUCUCCCCCCAUCCUGUACCGGUUUUACCACGAAAACGUCACCUUGUGGACCAGCUCAGCCCUCUCUGGAGGAGGAGUGUCCUUCAACCUCUCUCUGACUGCGGAACAUUCUGGAAACUUCUCCUGUGAGGCUGACAAUGGCCUGGGGGCCCAGCGCAGUGAGGUGCUGACACUCAGCUUCACAUGGCUGAACAAAAACAGAAGAGGUCCUGUGGCCACAGGCGUCACCGGGGGACUGCUCAGCGUGAUGGGCCUUGCUGCUGGGGUGCUGCUGGCCUACUGCUGGCUCUCGAGGAAAGCAGGGGGGAAGCUCGCCUCUGGCCCCUCCAGGAUCCCUUCAGAUUUGAACCCCCAAGAGCCCACCUACCACAACGUACCAGGCUGGAUAGAACUGCAGCCGGUGUACAGCAAUGUAAAUCCUAGAGGAGGAGACGUGGUUUACUGCGAAUUACAGAGCAUCCCGGAGAAAAACAGGCACGCAGGACUCCGCCGUCAUCUACUCCCAGGUGAAGGUGGCAUCAACCCCAGCCUCCAGGACCCAGCUCUCGGCUUCCUCGGCUCCUCACAGAUGAGCCCACGUGACUCCCCAACUGCGGUCUCAGCCUCUGCACCCCGAAGGUCUCCUUGGGGACGAGGGAGCAUGGAAGUGGCCUUCAUGGCAUGUGCCACGCUAUCAGUCUGACCAGAACACAGGGCCCUGGCUGGGCUCCUGCCUAUUGCCUGGGGUAUAGUCCUGGCAGUUGUCUUUAAUGAUAAGUUGCUCCCAAGCCAGGGCCCACUGUGUCUCCUGCCUUCCUUCGUGGGCUUCAGCUUUGGUUGCUGUCUCGAGUCCUGCUCCCAUGCACAGCCUCACCGUUCCUUGAUGAGGACAGGGCUGCUCCUGAACUCCAGCACGGAGGUCCUGCUGUCGGUGGCGCAGUUCUCCAUUGCCAACAGCCUGGUGGGACUACUACGGUGCUCUGCCAAGUGGGACAACACCCAACCCACAGACAGUGGGUGUGCUAUGAGUCUCCCCACGGGAGCCACAUUUCACACCUCCUCCCACCUGUCUGGAACUCUAAGGUCAGCACCUGAUAUGCCAGGUAACCUCUGCCUGCUCAUAGGCCAGUGUCUACCUGCCCAAGCAAGUGCAUUUCACGCCCAGGCCCCUGGCCCCUCCCACCCUGCCAGAAGCAGCCCAGCAAAGGCAAGGCCAGGAGGACCAGGUACGCAGAUAGAAUGCACAUGCGAAUACAGGAGGUGCUCAACUAUGAUCUGACUGAAUGGACAAAGGGAUGAAUGCACAAGGAAGAAACUAUGUGUGAUCAAACUGACGUCUGAUCCAGUGUGCUCCCUAGGAAAUCCGGGAGGUAUUCUCUCUUCCCUGAGUAAGAAAUAAAUUAGGAGAAGGA